GUAGGGGAUCCGGGUGACCAGACACCUUAGCGCACCUGGCGGAGCUUCUUUCCGCCUGGAUUUCUCUCCUGCCUGCUGCCUCUUAAGUCCACCUGCCUGCCACGUCCGUACCCCGCCAUCAGGUAGCCUCAUGGCUGCAACCUGUGAGAUCAGCAACGUUUUCAGCAACUACUUCAGUGCCAUGUACAGCUCAGAGGACCCCACCCUCGCCUCUGUUCCCCCUCCUCCCACGUUUGGGGCCGAUGACUUGGUGCUGACCCUGACCAACCCCCAGGUGUCGCUGGAGGGCACAGAGAAGGCCAGCUGGUUGGGGGAGCAGCCCCAGUUCUGGUCAAAGGCCCAGGUUCUGGACUGGAUCAGCUACCAGGUGGAGAAGAACAAGUAUGACGCCAGCUCCAUCGACUUCUCGCGGUGUGACAUGGACGGGGCCACUCUCUGCAGCUGUGCCCUGGAGGAGCUGCGACUGGUCUUUGGUCCUCUGGGGGACCAACUUCAUGCCCAGCUGCGGGACCUCACUUCCAGCUCUUCUGACGAGCUCAGCUGGAUCAUUGAGCUGCUGGAGAAGGACGGCAUGGCCUUCCAGGAAGCCCUAGGAGACCCAGGCCCCUUUGACCAGGGAAGCCCCUUCGCCCAGGAGUUGGUGGACGAUGGCCGGCAGGCCAGCCCAUACUACCCCGGCAGCUACGGCGCAGGAGCCCCCUCCCCUGGCAGCUCUGAUGUCUCCACCGCAGGGACCGGGACUUCUCAGAGCUCCCACUCCUCAGACUCCGGUGGAAGCGAUGUGGACCUGGACCCCACUGACAGCAAGCUCUUUCCCAGAGAUGGCUUUCCUGACUACAAGAAGGGGAAAGGGGAUCCUAAGCAUGGGAAGCGGAAACGGGGUCGACCCCGGAAGCUGAGCAAAGAGUACUGGGAGUGUCUGGAGGGCAAGAAGAGCAAACAUGCCCCCAGAGGCACCCACUUGUGGGAGUUUAUCCGGGACAUCCUCAUCCACCCAGAGCUCAACGAGGGCCUCAUGAAGUGGGAGAACCGGCACGAGGGUGUCUUCAAGUUCCUGCGCUCCGAGGCUGUGGCCCAGCUGUGGGGCCAAAAGAAAAAGAACAGCAACAUGACCUACGAGAAGCUGAGCCGGGCCAUGAGGUACUACUACAAACGGGAGAUCCUGGAACGGGUGGAUGGCCGGCGGCUCGUCUACAAGUUUGGAAAAAAUUCGAGCGGCUGGAAGGAGGAAGAGGUUGUCGAGAGUCGGAAAUGAGGAAUUUAGCUGGACCCGGGACCAAACUCAUGGACUCUGGGAGGAAACAGACAGGCCAGAUGGCCCCCUCUGUUUGGACAUACUCCCUGCUGCAAUGGAGAGAAGCUGAAGUUCUGGGAUACUGUUGGCCCGUAGGCCAUUGUCCUGGGAGUCAGGGCCUAUGGCCUUUCCUCCCUGCUCUCCUCUUGGAAUUACAAGCCCUGGGGUUUGAAGCGACUCAUCCGCUGACUCUAGCUGCAGUGCAUCUCCUUUCAUCUGGCGCAUCCUCAGACCCAAUCCCAGAUACCAGCUGCAGACGACACCCUCCUGCAGAUGCCUGGACUGAGCCAAGGAGGCCAGGAGAGGCCCCAGGGGAGCACCAAGACAGAGGAUGGGGGUCCCCCAGCACCUUCUUUCUGGACUGGCUUCUGCCACCUCCCUGCUCAGUGCUUGGACUCUAUGGGCAAGGGUCAGAGCACUCCCUAAUUUAUGUACUAUAAAUACGUCAGAUGUACAUAGAGAUCUAUUUUUUCUAAGACGUUCCCCUCCCUCCUUUCCUAACGAGCACUGGUGGCCAGACUGACUGUUCCUAGGCCUCGCUGGGCCAGUGAGGGGCGGGGUGGAUGCCAGAAACCUCAGGAUGGGGCUCCUGGCUCCUUUAUCCUGUGAGUGGAGGCAGAGACCUCCAAUAAAGUGCCUUCUAGGCUUUUUCUAA